AUGGACUUUCUAACAAGAGGAUAUAAGGGCUUACUAGGAGAAAAAGGUCAACCACAGACGGCAGAAGAUACUGUGAUUAAGCUAUGUGAUAGAGCGGCGAAUUCUACUCUUCUUGAAGACAGAAGGGCUGCUAUUCUGGGACUCAAAGGGUUGUCCAGGGAGUACAAGCUGGAAGUGGGCGAUAAAGGAUUGGGCGUGCUGUUGAAUAUAUUGAAUGAGGACAGAGCAGACAUCGAUACAGCAAAGGCUAUUCUCGAGAUCCUGAAUAUAUUAUGUACACCAGAUAGAGCGCAGGAAGUAGGAAGAGAUCUUGGACUACGAUUCACUGAUGAAGUUUUACAAGAUGAAUCGCAUAUACAUUUAUUCCUUGAUCUGCUCCAAGAAGUCGACUUUUAUGUUAGGUUUCACGAUAUUCAAUUGCUCGCUACUCUACUGACAACAAGGCCAGAUAGAGUACAGGAUUGUAUAUUGACGGCACCUAUGGGAAUAUCUAAACUAAUGGAUUUAUUCGAUGACCAACAAGAGGUUAUACGAAACGAGGGUCUAUUACUUUUGAUCUCAUUGACAGAGACCAACGCUGAUAUUCAAAAGAUUGUCGCGUUCGAAAAUGCAUUUGAUAGAUUGUUGGAGAUUAUUACUGCGGAAGGUGGUUUGAAUGGAGGAAUCAUAGUUCAGGAUUGCUUACAACUGACGCUGAACUUGCUGCGGUAUAAUGUCUCCAAUCAGAAUUACUUUAGAGAAACAAGCUGCAUACAGAGGAUAUCUGGAUUACUAGGAUAUCCAUCUACAUCAGAAGACAAUAUUAUCAACUAUCACUUCUCGGAUUGGCAUGAUCAAGGAACGAACAACAUUCUCGUGUUAUUGGAGCUCGUUAGAAUACUCGUUGCCCAAAAUAACACCAAUACGACAACCAAUCAACGUGUAAUGAACCAAUGCGGGAUGUUAAAACCUGUUAUUGAACUUGCAUUGGCCUCCAACGCCCCCUCGCCAGUGAAAACGCAAGCAUUCUACGCUUUAGGCGAUCUUGUACGCGCAAAUCAAACAAAUCAAGAAGUGUUGGCGAGAGCGCGUGUAGCCGUACCCCUUCCGACUUACAGAUCAAAUGAAUCAUCAACUUCACAUUCUCGAACGACAUCACAAAGCAGCGCACAUUUAUCGUUCCAAGAACUAGCGCAAGCAAUGCCUCCUCGCUCAGCUAUAAUGGGCCUGAUCGCUGUUGCCGUCGGAGCCGAACCCGAGAGUUAUGGGACUAGAGCCGCUGCGACGUAUGCGUUCGAGGCAUAUAUAAUGAGAAAUGUGGAAGCGCAAGUGUUGCUUGCAUCUUCUAUAGCACCUCAAUCUGACGAUGCAAAUAACUCUGAUCCAAUAACAGCAGGAGCGCAAUCAGCCGGAACGCUGCUUCUAGCUGCCCUUCUUGAAUGGGAGGAUUCUGCUGCAGAUCCAUACGUUGUUUGGUUUGCCUCGGUGAUAUUCUCACACAUUCUCUUGGACAAUGAACGAUCAAAAGGCAUAGUGCGUGGUAUUUACACUGCCGAUGCCGAUUCAACCGACGAGGGGGCACCAUUGUUGCAACUUAUUGUAAAGAAUUUGAAUAUGGCUAACAAGAAUAAUGCUGAUGUGAGAGUCCUGAUUGGAUAUUUGUGUUUGUUAUGCGUAUGGCUAUGGGAUAGCCCGAAGAGUGUUGGUGAUUUCCUGGCUGAGGAAUCACAUUUUCAGAUGUUGAUUACUCUAGUCACUCAGUCAUCUGGUGUAGAUCCACGUGUCCAGGGUCUUUGUGCAUUUUUGUUGGGAGUAUGUUAUGAGUUCAAUAACGAAAUGGAGGGCUUUAAUGUCUCGAGGUCAACACUUUAUCCUAUUUUAAUCAACCGUAUUGGAAUCGAUUUAUUUGUUAAUCGUAUCACACGGCUGCGCGAAGCACCACAUUUUAAACAUGCAUCACAGUACCUUUUUAUCACACCUAAUGAGCUCAAAGUUUUGCCAGACCUGUACUUUGAUUACCAAUUCGUAGAAUUCUUUAAGGAGAAUUACGAGAUCAUUCAACGCUCCAUUCGAGUCGAUCCGAAAGCAACACGAUCACCUCGUCAUAGUACCGACACCAAUGGCAACGAUAACGACUCGUUUUCCUUAUCUGCUAUAACUACUCUAAAAGGCGUAAUCCAAACACAGGAAGCCCAGAUUAAUGAACUAAAAGAGAAAAUCAGACAGCUGGAGCUUGAAUCUAAGAAUUCUGUUAACAAUAGCUCUGCAUCAACUGCACAACAAACGCUUGAAUCAAACGAUGAGAAAUAUGCCAUAUUGGAGUCAAAAUACAUUGCGUUGGAGAACAAGCAUGCGCAGUUGAACAAAGAACAAGAGGAUCUACUUAUUUGCCUUGCUGAGCAAGAGGAGAACUAG